GCACCCUGGCGGGCGGAGGACGAGCGCUGCGACAACGAUAUUAUGGACGCACGCCAUUGACGGGGCGCUUGUUUACCUCCGGGAGAGUGACGCUGAGGAGACCAGGGCGUGACGAGGCAGCGGAGAGGAUUAAGAGGAGGACCAGCGAGGCGAUACAGAGGGAGAGGUGUGUGGCAGCCAAUCCCUGAAGCGUCAUAAGUACCGGGCGUUGGGAGGUCAGGUCACACAUAGCCUUGAUGACCCCGCCCCCAUGUAUGACCGCGCCCAGGGUCAAACGACGGGAAGAUGAACAUGAAGGUUAACUACAAGAGGGAGCUCAGCUGAAGGGAAAAUCCAUCCAGGAAUAUGAAGCAGUGAUCAAAAGACACUUCUUUCAGUAAAGACUUUAAGAUGGAUGAUGAGGAGUGCAGUAUGGACAUGCAGAUGUGUUUGGAGGAUGGGAAAGACCACAAUAGAGGAGGCGACCAAGAGGAGGUGGAAGAGGAGGUGGUGAUGCACAUUUCUGGGGAUGGAGAGGAGGUCAUGGAGAUGGCACCAGAUCAGAGUAUUGCCUCCCAAUCUCCCAUUAAGACCACAGACCCCGAAGAAGAGGCUGUCAAUGACCAUAGUGAAAUAGAUGAGUCAGGGAGAAUAGAAGAGACACACGAAGAAGUAAUAGUAGAAGUAGUGGAGGUUCAAACUGAAAACAAAGUCCAAAAGAAGAAGGAGACAAAGUCAUACCCAUGUCAGAAGUGUGGGCUGGUCUCCAGUUCAACGGCAAACCUGAAGAAGCACAUGAUGACCCACACCGGGGAGAAGCCAUUCAAGUGCCGCUCCUGCCUUAAGUCCUUCAGGCAGCAGCACCACCUGGUAGACCACUGGCGCAUACACUCAGGGGAACGUCCUUUUAAGUGUGAGGUGUGUGGCAAGCACUUUGUCCAGAGGUCUUCUUUAAACCUACAUAAAAAAAGACAUUUGAGCAUCAAACCAUAUUCCUGUAGUGAAUGUGAUUAUGGCACAUACCAAAAGACCCAUUUAAGGAUUCAUAUGAGGACCCACACUGGUGAAAAGCCUUACCAGUGUGAGAAGUGUGGCCAAACGUUCUCCAACUCCACCAGACUGAAGUACCACCACAUGAUCCACACUGGGGAGAGGCGGUUCAAGUGUGAGCAGUGUGGCGUUCCUUUCAGAGAGAAGGUUACCCUCCAGGCACACAUGGCAGUGCACCUCAACGUGGGACCCUUUGUGUGCGAGGAGUGUGGGCAGGAGUUCCCCCGCUUGGCCGGCUUGUCUUUGCAUCGCAGAGUUCACAUGAAUAAAGAUAACUACCUGUAUGUCCAUGACAAGGAGGCCUACAAAACCUUUAACUCAGCCUUACAGAAAGCAUCUUCUAAAGUAAAUCCACUGAAACGGAAACGUGCCCAAGAAAUUAGAAAAUCGUUGAAGAGUUUUGGAGAGAGUGACACAGACGACGCAGGUGAGGGUGAUGAGCCAACCUUCAUCACAUCUGAAGUAAUUGGUGACACCAUGACAUCUAAAUGCCAUCAAACACCUGACACCUCAGCAAAGGCUCCUGACACCUUUAUGUUGAGUCUGGCACCUGAGGACAAAGCUUCACCCGGGAGUAAACUUAACUUGUGUCCCGGCAACAGUGACCAAAAUAAACUUAAAGAAGAUCUGGCUUCCAGUCUUGAGCAAAAUGUUCAAAAUAAUGACGCUGCCGUUAACCCAGAGCAGGUGAGGGAAGCAUUAAAGAAGGGAACUGUGCUAGAAACUCACAGCGACAAUGGGAAAGGGUUUUUUAUUGUCUUACCACCAGCACUCCAGAACAAGGACAUCAUGGUGCUCUCUGACCCUUCCGAAUCCACAACAACAACAGCAAUACACAUCCCUGACUCCGGUGGGACUUUAGAGGACAGAGGCAUGUCCCCAAACAUUUUGACAGAGAGCGUCCUGGAGACUGACAAGGUACCAUAUCUAAGCGUUGAGAAGGGGAUGGAAGAGUGUGACAUGGACUCAGUAGCCAUGGAAGAGGAGGACUGCAGUGAGGAUGAAGAAAUGAUGCUCCAAUGUGAAAUUCAAUCUGCCGAGAGUAUAUUGAAUACCAGUGACCCCGAUCGUUCGUUGGAAUUGGAGUCAAUGGGUAAGUAUUCUGAGGCCAUUGAGCAGCUUCAUCCUGAUGGGACGUCGCUCCUCCUGUGGAAGGACACCAGCAGCAGCAGGCUCACCAAAGUCAUAUACAUAAUGGAGGAGGGGAAGGAGCCAAUAGUUGUCGAGGAAGAGUGUUCACCCAAGCUUAAAGAUGACAUGCCUGCAGGGAAAGCAAAAAGGCAGAAGUUAAAGGGAAGUGAAAAUCUGCUAAAAAAGAAUGAAAAAAGUAAUAGCUUGGGGGCAGGGAAGUGCAUAAAUAUUUUGAAAAAUAGUAAAAUUACAAAUGCAAAGACUCCAAAAGUUUAUAACAGUGAGCAGUACACAAAGAGUCAAAGAAUUUACAGCUGUGAGCAGUGUGGAAAAACUUGCAAAAACUCCUCAAACUACAUCGCCCACUUGAGAAUUCACUCCGGGGAGAGGCCAUACUAUUGUGGUGUCUGCAAAAUGGGCUUUAAGCAGAUUUCUCACUUGAAGUCUCACAUUAGAAUUCACACUGGAGAAAGACCUUAUGCAUGUGAUCUGUGUAAGGCAGCCUUCACCCAGUCCUCCAGGCUGACUGCCCACAAGAAAAGUGUGCAUCCCAAUGGACAGGUUGAAAUCAAAGAGAAAAAGAAAAAAUAUGUACCUGAAAAUAGAAUUAAAAACUUCUUCUGUCGUUACUGCAACAAAACAUUUAUUGGUGAAUGCCUCAAGGUUGACCACAUGAAACUGCACCAACCUUUAUUCCCUUUCAUGUGUAAAAUAUGUGGGAUGCAGUCUAAGACCAAAAGCACCAUGCUGAACCACAUCCUGAAGCACUCUGACUUCAAACAUGUCUGUGAACUGUGUGGCAUUGAACUACUGAGCAUCGACGAGCUUCAGAAACACAAAGUUGCAGACCACGGUAUUAGUAUACCCAACAGUGAUAUGGUGGACAUGUACAUCAAUGUUAAAGUCGGGGAUGAAAAGGACUUUGUCAUUUUAAAUCCAGCAGUGAAGGGUGACAAGGGGAAUGAAUUAGCAACUCACAUCAAAUCUGAAAUAUCAGAAGACUACAAUCCUGGUUUUUGUGAGAUCAAGCAAGAGAUUAUCCACGUCACCGAUGUUAAUGGGGAUGUGAAGAGUGAAAUACUGGAGAUGCCAUCAACACGCAAUGAAGAUGAAGUUGCUAUCCAUGACAUAACCCACACACCACCAGAAAAAGGUAAGAAGAAGACUCCUAAGAAGGGUAAAGCCAAGGCUGUAAAGAAUCAGCCAAAUGAAAUUUCAAGUCCUCCCGAUGGCAGUCAUAAAAUAAUCAGGGAAGGGGAGUUUAAGGACAAGAAAUUCAUCGCCUACAUAGACGUGACUGGCAAGAAAGUGUGGAUGUGCAAGGUGUGUGACCGCUCCUUCACCCAGUCAUCUAACCUGUACUGCCAUAUGCGCAUGCACACCGGGGACAAACCAUACCAGUGCAACGUGUGCCCCAAAGCGUUCCGGCAGAUCACCCACCUCAAGGACCACAUGCGGCGCCACACAGGAGCCAAGCCACACAAGUGUAGCGCGUGCAGCAAGUGUUUUACCCAGCGCUCAGCAGCAAGGCGCCACAUCAUGGUAGUUCACGGAGGAGAGGCAGAGACUGAGAGGAUACCAGAGAGUCAGAUGGCAAGGGAGAUCAUCAACACGCUUAGCAAUGAACGUGGCUUGCACUCUAGAGGUGCGAGGAAGACUGUCCUCAAGAGAAAAGACGGCACUCCUCAAGAUGGGAAGUCAUAUAAACUCCCACAAAAGGAGAAUGUGUUACACAUUUGCAAGGUGUGUAACAAGCAGUUCCCACAUUCUGUUGGACUUACUGCUCACUCCAGAAGGUGUGGAAAACACAAAAAUUGGAGAAGUUCCUUAUUGCAAGAGAAGUGCACUGAGUGUGGGGAGAGGUUUGCAUUGCCCACUCAGUUGUUGAAGCACCAGCAAACUUGCACUGCACAAGAUGGUGAGACAAGUAGUGCUGAGAUUAAAAGAAGUGGAAAAUACAAAAAGAAAAUUACCAGCAGAUCAGGCUGUGAAGAAGACAGUGUGCAAGAUAAUGAAAACACUAAGUUCCAAAUGAAAAAAUUAUCAGUCUGUAAUAGUGAGGCCAGACGCAAAUACUUCCCAUGCAAACAGUGUGGUGAGGUGUUGUCCAGCGUAACAUUACUCAAGGAACACAUGGAGGGACACAGCGGUGAGAUGCAGCAGGUCUGUACAAUGUGUGGGGAGGUAUUCAAGAGAGCCUCUGCCCUGAGGUACCACCAGAGCAUGAAGCACGGCAAGGAGGACAGGAGGUACAAGGACUAUUGUCCCACGAGCUACAUCUCUGUGAAGGAAGAACUCAUAGAGGAGGAGAUGGAAGAAUUCCUGGAGGAGUCAGAGUCAGAAUAUGAAGAAAUUAAUAACUGGGCCUAUACAGAAGAUGACGAGGAAAUGGUCAGUGAUGUGAGAGUGAAUACCAAAGUGACUCCAAAAAAGAAAGUUACAAAUAACUCAGUAACAAAACAGAAGAAAACCAAUCGAGGUGCCUUGAAAACUAUUAGUAAUAAAGUUGGGAAGAGCACAGAUGAUGGAAAAGAUUCCAGUACAGACUGUAUAGAAAUGGCAGAAAAUGGGACAUAUCCCUGUGUUGAGUGUGGUGUUGAAUUCACCCGUUCCUCCAAGUUGAAACACCAUAAGGCUUUGUGGUGCAGUGGGCACCAUGGACCACAUAAUGCUGAUGACAAUGAUAAAUCACUCCAGGAAAACUCUCCCUCAAAAGUGAAUAAAGUUAACAGAGAAGUAGAGACUCAAAAAAUAGUUAUUGGAAGUAACAAUAAUGAAAAGCAAGAGUCUUCAGAGUGUGAAAGUGACGGUGCUUCUGCCUCCACGGCUGUGGACAGCAAGGGUGGCGCAAAACAGAGUGACGUGACGCUACACUGCGAAGACUGUGACAAAUACUUUCCAGAUAAACACUCUUUCGAUGAACACUUGCCCAUCCAUGAAGCAGACAGACCCUUCAAGUGUGAACACUGCUCAAUGAGGUUCAAACGCAAAGCCCACAUGUUUAACCACUACAGACGGCAUGUCAGUCUGGCUGGAGUGGAGUGUUUAUAGUGGUUCACACAUGUACACACACACACACACACACACACACACACACACACAUACACACAGCUCUGUAGUGUAGUGGUUACAACCAGUGAUUCGUAACCGAGAAGUCCUGGUUCAUUUCCCAGAUAAAGUGGGGACGGAUGGGCAGUCUCCUUUAAUCCGUGCCCCCUGUCCACCCAGUAGCGAAUGGGUACUGAGUGUCAGUCGGGCAUUGUCUCCCACUUGUGUGAGGGUGUAAUGUGAGGUUCCACCCAUAACCAAAGAUUCAUCAGUUGAGCUCCAAGCUCUUUCGCAGUGGGUACUGGCUGGCAAUCACGGGUCUACCAUGUGAUCAGACCAUGGUGAAUGACACAGACAGAAACACACACACAAGCACACUACCGUACUCAUUUUUUGUUUGAUAAAUAGAAAUUGAUAGUACAAAGCAUCUCUCUUGACCUACAUAGAGUUAUGGGAUCAAAAAGAUAUUAUGUACAUUGCUUAUCAGUGAGGGAUGCCAUGCACAGUGGAGCCCCAUGACUAGUGUUUUUCUUACUAAUGAUUUCAAGUCUAGCAAUAGGAUAGAAACAGUCCUGGGUUUCAUAACUAAGGACCAAAGCUGCAGAACUAGCAAAAAUGUUCCCAUUGGCUGGGGGGACAGAGUGGGCAGUCCCUUUGCUGUAUCCAGCACCUAAACCUCAGCACCAUUGAGUAUUGAUGUUCAGUUGACCUGUUGGGCACACAACAUUUUGCAGCUAGGGUAGUAAGUUGCAUCAAGAUGACAGCGUUAGCAGAACAGCUCGAGGAGGGGGCAGAGUGUUACAGGGGGUAGGGGAUGGCACCAUUGUUUGUAAAUAAGGAUGUCGUACUUAUGCAAGUGUGGCCAGUGUCACCUCUGCAUCUUGCCUUUUGCAAAUGUUUCGUUCAACAAUGACUGCUGCUUUUAGUAAAGGGUCAGCUGUAAGAGCUGCUUUGGGCAUAUUAUGUAGGAUAUGUUUUCUUGUUUGUGAUGCCAUUUUUGUCAUGUACAGCUGAUCCACUGUCCCAUUGUGCUCAUCCCCCUGCCUGCAAGGAGUUGUGCACCUAACGGGUCAACUGAAUGCAGGUGUGUGACAUUGCCCCUGCUACCCCGCUUCGCUUUGUUAACACUGAAGACUUUACUGUGUUUAAUAAUCAUGAACUGCUGCAAUAUGAGAGAAGUCAAUAGCUGAGGGAGGCUGCUGCACAUUUGGCUGUGGAGGAAGGUAGCAAUGGUAGUGGCAGUAGUGCUGGCUAUAAGUAAGCUGGUGCACUCCAAACUCCUAACUUCUUUAUUCAAGAGAAUUUAAUGACAAGUUUUUGUUGCUUUUCCCUAUUAGUAGUUAUAUAUAAAUGUAAGAUUUAGUUGUUUAAAGCAGGUGCAAAAGGAAAACGUCAACUUCCAAGAGGUUCCAGUCUUUUAUGUCUUACUUUAAAAAGUGUGCCCCCAAAAUAGCAGUUUCAGAACUAGCAAUGUUUUUCUCAGUUUCUCAAUAUCACUAGACACGGGGCCCCACUGUGUGUUUAUUAUGUUUUACAUUACUUGGAAUAUUAUGUUAGUUUGUAAAUUUAUUGACGUUAUAACAUUCAUGAGGAAGUCAUGAUGCAGAUAACUAAAUCCUACAUAUA